UUAAUGUGCGUGCUGACUGUGUGAAAGUUGGUAGUACAAGUGCCACGUCUUGCUGGGAGUGAGUCUGUUGGGGGAGUCCUGAACUUGCUUGGCCUAAGCUGUCGUCCGCCUUUGGCAUAUUUUUAACUCUAUGAAAUCCGGGGCCUUUCUUCUGCUUUGGUAACAUGAGGGAUUUCUUGUGGAACGCGAUCUUGACGCUGUGGGUCACGGUUCUGAGUGGAGCUCUGAUUCCUGAACCAGAAGUGAAAAUCGAGGUUCUCCAGAAGCCAUUCAUCUGCCAUCGCAAGACCAAAGGAGGAGAUCUGAUGUUGGUUCACUACGAAGGCUAUUUAGAAAAGGACGGCACCCUGUUUCAUUCCACUCACAAACACAACAAUGGUCAGCCCGUCUGGUUCACCCUGGGCAUGUUGGAGGUUCUCAAAGGCUGGGACCAAGGCUUGACUGGAAUGUGUGUGGGAGAGAAGCGAAAGCUCAUCAUUCCUCCUGCCCUGGGCUAUGGCAAAGAAGGAAAAGGUAAGAUCCCCCCAGAGAGCACACUGAUAUUCAACAUUGACCUCCUGGAAAUUCGAAAUGGCCCAAGGUCCCAGGAGUCAUUUCAAGAAAUGGAUCUCAAUGACGACUGGAAACUCUCUAAGCAAGAGGUUAAAGUGUAUUUACAGAAGGAGUUUGAGAAGCACGGUGCGGUGGUGAACGAAAGCCAUCACGAUUCUUUGGUGGAAGAUAUUUUUGAUAAAGAAGAUGAAGACAAAGAUGGAUUUAUAUCCGCCAGAGAAUUUACAUAUGUGCAUGACGAAUUGUAGGGAAGCGCCUGGCAUCUUAUGCACGUCCGUUUCCAACGGGAAGGCAGCACCUUUAAGCAAAGCUUUUUUUCUUUGCCCUUCUUGUUUCUAGUUUUAUAUCAUUUUUCUUUUAUUUAAAGAACCCCAGAGACUUUGUAAAUAUCCAUGUCUUUCUGGUAAGUUAUUGGGCGGUAACAGUUGUGGUCGAGUAGAGGACUUCUGGGCUGUCCCCGUGUUCACACAGAAGCUGGGUUUGCUUGCUUUCUUCUAAUCGUAACACAUUGCAGCUGGAAACACCACAGCAUCCACACAGGGUGUAGUGAGAACCAGUGCCCAGUGCUUCUGCCACCCUCUGUUUUCUCAACAUUCUGUUACUGGCAUAUUCGAAAGCUUUUGUACUAGUUCAAGGCUUGCUAUUUUCAUGGUAUAGUGAAGUUGUUUUUUCUUCCCCUGCUUUUGAGUCCCUGCUUGCGGGGAGGAGGAAUAUGGCGGACCUUACUCCUUAACAGCUUUGGCCUCACUGUGGAGAGAGACAAUGUUGAUGAGUGAGGGAGGCAGCAACUCAUACAUAGGUGUCCAGAGACUUCCUGGUGGCUAAUAAACUAGUACAAAAUGUCAGACAAAUAAUGUUUGUUUCCUUUUAAUCAGCGCAUCAAAAUAUGGUAGGCAUGGCAGAGGGUUGUAUUUAUAAUCAGUGUUUACUUUUGAGGCUACCAGGUUAGCCUUCUGGUUGUUAAACUAAUAAAGUUUACAGCUGGUAUAUUACUUUGCAACAACAUUAAAUCAUGAGAGAAUUUAGUAUGUCAACGAAACUUUUCCCAUUUCUGAUUCAUCAAAAAUAAGGCUAACCAAUAACAGCUACUAUUAAUACUUCCCUGGGUUUAAAAACUGACUUUUAUCAUUUUAUCUCAAAUUGGCUCCAAAAUGACUCCAAGUAGACAUUUUUAUCUCCAAAAAUGACUACUAAUUCUGUUUUUUAAAUUGUUUUUAAUCAAGUUGACUUUUAUCUCAGAACAAACUUCCCGGAUCUCCAUUUGUUAGGAAUAGCACCUAGUAGUUUACAAGUGUGCUCUUGCCCAACUGGUGGUGUCUGACACCUUGGGAGGCUGCUGCUUCUCUAGGUGCUUCUUUAUAGAUGAGGAGCACUCUUCAGAGAUUGGCAGCUGAGCCCAGCCUUGGUGCCUAAGCUGUAAAAGCACCUUUGGUUCCUGAGUUCAGACUUCCACUUCUCUGCUAAUGAAGAAGCAGCAACUUUGCUUGUGUCUGUUGGGCCCCAUUUCCCUUAGCAUCUUCACCUCUGGGAACAGUUCCCACCAGUUGCUGGCUGAUCACAGCUCUCCUUGGGAUCCAGAAAAGUCUGUGUUUUCUGAGAACAGUCUUGCUUUGAAUUGUGUCACCCUCCCAGUAACCAGUGAGAGGGGUUAGGUGUAUGUCCUGGUUCACCUGUUCCUAUCAUUUCCUGAUGUUCAUAGAUAUUACAUGACAACACUAAGUCUGCAAUGGACACUGUCUCACCAAACAUGGUAAUGGGGAGAAUAUACUCAAGGGCCUGUUCUUGAAGAUGGCAGGAGUAACUGUAAAAUGGUUGCCACCACCGGCAUUUUUCUGAACCUGGAGAGGUUGUGAGAAGGCCUGAGAAUGUCAUGGGAGGGCAGUAGGACAGUGGUGUGUCUUGAAGGCUGCCUUGCACCAAGCUGCCACCACCAUCUGUGCUGGAGCGACGAAGAAGAAAGGAUCUUGAUUACUCAAUUACGUGGCUUUGUAUCAGACCUCAGCUAAACUUUCAAACAGAAGUAUGGAAGAAGGGCAUACCUGUAGAUAAUGGUUGUUAAAGCCAUCCGCCAUUUUGUAUAGCAGUGCCUUUGCCCCCUCCCAUUAGUGGGAAUGGUCAAGCACCAGCUGUGACUUCACAUGUACGUAAUUUGAUCUCUAACUGCUCUCUGUGUCAUAUUUAAAUUUCUAUGUCUGUUGUGACACUCUUUUUGAAAAUAAAGUUUAUU